AAUCAUUUGUAGAUUGGACUGCUUACAAAACAACAGGAAAGAUAAAAGUAAUCCACAACACCAGACCAUAGAAAGAACCACAUCGGUGAGAGCACGGAAUUUGCAAGCUCUUUCUAUCAACGUCUGAGUAAGUCUGAACUGGACAGGGAAAGAACUGCAGGUAUAAUUCCCUUAAUACCGGUGAGGCACGUGGACCUCUACAACUGGCCAACGGGAUCACGGUCACUUCGGACUGCAACGAGGAACAGUAUGAAGUUGCUGCUCUCUUUGGUUCUGCUGCUGCCCUUCCACACAGCUAAGACAGGAGCUGUGGACAGUCAUGACAUCCCUCCAAAGCAGAUUCCAGAAAGAGAAAAGCGGGAGCUCUUUGAUAAGCCUCUGAUAGUGACCACUAUUCUGCAAGAACCAUUCAUAAUGGCCAAAGCUACAGGAGGAUUUGAAGGUUUCUGCAUUGAUCUACUUAAAAUAUUCUCAGAAAGACUCAAUUUUCGUUAUGAAAUCCAACUUGUGAAGGAUGGUCUUUAUGGGACAAAACUGGAAAACGGGCAAUGGACUGGACUGCUGGGGGAACUGAAGAGAAAGGAGGCAGAUCUGGCCAUUGCUCCCCUCACCAUCACCAGGCUGCGUGAGAGCGAGUUUGGCUUCACCCGCCCAUUCAUGUCUGUGGGGAUCAGCAUCCUGGUGCGCAAGCACACCAACUCCCAAAGUGCCGGCUUUUUCCAAUUCAUGAGCCCAUUCUCCCCGGAGACCUGGUUCAGCCUGCUCUUCGCUUACAUACUGACCUGCUUCUGCAUGUUCCUUGCAGCAAGACUGAGCCCCAGCGAAUGGAGUGAACCUGAGGUUGAGAGUAAUCGCUUUUCUCUGCUCGACAGCUUCUGGUUUGGAAUCGGAGCUCUCACUUUACAAGGUGUAGGACCACAUCCUAGAGCCUUGUCCACACGGAUCAUCGGGACAGUCUGGUGGCUAUUUGUCAUUGUUUUCCUGGUAACAUAUGCCACAAAUUUUGGAGCUUCUUUGAACUCAGAGAACCAGAAACCAUUAAUUAAAUCCUUCAAUGACCUUGCGAAACAAAAUGAAAUUGAAUAUGGGACAGUGCGUGGUGGAUCAACAUUCCAGUUCUUCAAGCUAUCAAAAAUUCAAGUCUAUCAUAAUAUCUAUACAACAAUGAACAGUAAAAUCGAUUCUGUCCUUGUGGAUACAAUGAAGGAGGGAACGGAACGUGCACUCACCUCAAAUUAUGCACUAAUUGGUGAAUCAGCGACAAUAGACCUGGCUGUUGCAAAAGACUGCAACUUGAUGAGGGUCCCAGAUAUUGCUGCUAUGAGAGGAUAUGGAAUAGCCACUCGCCCUGGUGAUCCACUUAGAAAUAAUUUAAGUCUUGUCAUUUUGGAAUUGGAGGAGUCCGGAUAUCUGCAUCAACUGAAGGCCAAGUGGUGGAGAUCUUCCUGCAAUGAAGGAGGAAACUCAGAACAAUGGAGUCCAGUUAAAAUAAACCAGAUUGGAGGCGCUUUACUCCUUCUAGCAAUUGGAUUGUCUUUGGGCUUGGUCAUCGCUUGCAUUGAAUUGGCUAUCAAAUCAACAAAAAAGGCUGAUCAAGAUAAAUCCUGCUGCAGUGUUUUCACUGAAGAAGUUAAUCUUCGAUUUAAAGGGAGAAAUGAGGUCAAUAAGAAGACCAAGGCCUGAAAAAGCUAUAAUGGAAGACAGUUGAAAUUAAUCAUAUACGAUUUUAUUCUGUUAAUUUUAACCUUAAAUUACAGCACAUAGCUGAACUCUCAACAUAAUGGGGGCAAAUUAUUUCAUGUAACAAUUCCGGCAGUCUUAUUUCAAGAAAAAUUUAAUUGUACUGCAGGGAAGAUUUACACAGAUAUUGCCAUGACUAGAAACAUGUAGCUACAAGGAAAGUUUGGAUAAUUUACAACUGUUUUCUUUGAAAAGAAACAGGAUUUCGUUUUUGAGGUGUAUAAAAUUACAAUGGGCCUAGGUGUAAGUCGGAAAUAUCUAUGCUUCUUACCAGUAAGGCAAGAAAAAAAAUGGGGGCACAGAUGUAAAGUAAAUGGCAGAUAUAUUAGUGUGUAAAAUGAGGCAAAGUAUUUUUAUCCAGAGAAUGUCAAACCACCGCUUGUACCAUCAUAAAUUUUCCGUAACACAAUGCAUCACCUAGAAUACAAAUUAAAUAAACCAUGAUUAAUAGGGGGAAACUUGGAACUGCAAGACCUGCAAAUGGGAGAAGAAAGGAAUUUCUGAGGGAGACAAGUUGUCCUACAGGUAUGAUUAUGAUAAGACAGGAAAUGCUGCAAUGUGCAUCAUGAUUAACAUUAGGAAUCAAAAAAUUUAAAUUGGAUGUGACCCAUAGUAAGUGAGAAAUCAGUCCCUUCAUAUUACUCUAAAUUCACUUGGAUAUACCUUAGUCAGGUACCACAAACCACAGCAAUUUUCUUGGACAAUUUAUUCUGGCCCCUGGAAUGCACCACUGUAAUAAUAGUUAAAGAGAUCUUAUGUCUUAGAUAUCAUUACAAUCUUCAAUACAAAGUGUGGACUGUCGUAAAGAAAAUUAAUUUUCUUGGAAGCAAACAGAUGGGUACAUUAAGUUCUGCUGACAUGGUCUAUUAAAUCCCUGAAUAAAGCCUCUAACCUUUCAACCACAAA